GGCACAUGCAUAGAUAUUCAUUUGAUAGCUACUCGAUUUGUUUCUUAUAUUUUAUGAAGAGUGGUGCUUCCUACUAUGUGAAGAUGAAAAAAGUAUCGUCUUUAUUUGUAUUUGUGUCGCUUUUAGUAGUGAUUGCGAAUGUUGACUCUGGUUUAUUAGCUACCAGAUAUCAAAUAGAUAAUAGGCCAGAUUGCAUCUGGAUAUGGUACCCUCGUUAUCCUAGCUACCUACCAAGAAGAACUACUACAACAGUUGCACCAACUACAACACCUCCAGCCGCAGCUACAGAAACUACUGAGACUACACCAGCCCCAGGAAAUGAAGAUGAAGCACCUGCAGACGCCGUAGGUGAAGCAACCGAAGCUUCACCUAGUGAUAUUGAAGAGGUUACAGUUGUUGAAGAUAGUAGCGAUGUAAAAUAGUUUGUAUAGUUUCAAAAAAUAGUCUCAUCUUCACACAAACUCAAGUAAGUAGGUAUCUAUUAAUUCGAUACCUUGAACGCUGCACGUACAUACCAAAUAAUUGUUCCAAAAUAACCAUUAUCUUCUCAAAACAUCCAGGUUUUUUAUAACAGACAAUCUAUGCAAAAACUGAAAAAUUAAUACCAAUACACAAAUUUAUUAAUUCGGUAUUUAUUUAAUUAACUACAUAACAAUAAAAGCUGUUAUUUGCAACAUUGUAUUGUAAAACACGCGUCUUUUUUUAUUUGUGUUAUCCACUAUUUCCAGCUCCUCCGCCAGCACCUGCCUGGCCUCCUGCUCCAGCAUUCGCUCCCCCUCCCGCAUUGAAACCGAAUCCAAAACCACCUUGAGCUCCAGCACUUCCGCCUAAACCACCGCUUCCACCUCCACUGCCGCCCGCAUUCGGCAGACCCGGCAAGUUCAUUUGGGCACUAGUCUUGUGGCUAACC